GAAAGUGACCCUGCAGAAAUAUUUGGGGAAAGAUAAGAAGACUUUGUUGGUGUUAAUCCGUCAGUUCUCCUGCCUGCUCUGCCGCUUACAUAUAAAAGAUCUGGACAGGAAUCAGAGCUCCCUGGAUGCCCUCUCAGUACAAGUGGUGCUUGUUUCGUUCGGCUGUCAGGAGGGAGCCUCGCAUUGGCUGCAGGACAUUGGCUGCCAGUACGACAUGCUGUUAGACCCAGAUAGAAAGAUUUACGCUGCGUUCGGUCUGGGAGCCUCGGUGAAGAAAGUGUUAAACUUCGGUAACAUGCUUCUCUACGCUGAAUAUGUAGCAGACAACAUGGAGUUUCCACGAGGACUUCCGUCAAUUCAGGACGACAUGUUUCAGUUGGGUGGCGACUUUCUUUUGGACAAACAUGGGAGGGUGCUGUUCUCUCACUCCUGCCAGAGUCCGUUAGACCGACCCUCGGUGGAGGACAUUUUGUCUGCCCAGUGACACUCCUCCAUGCGCAACAGAGAUGGAGCACAAAAUCAUGUGGAAUCAGCUCAUUAGUUUAUUGCCAAGCUGUGAAAUGGUUAAUGUUUGACCCACUGUUUUAAAUUUGCGGGAUUGAGAUGCAAGAUUGAUGCAAAUGCUCUUUUUUUUAAAGUUUGAAAACUUCUUAAACUGUAUCUUACAUGUGCAUCAUAUUUUAUCAAACACACGGUAAUGUAAAAAACAAUUAAAACUACACAUCUCUUUUAAAUCCAUAAUGUAUUCCAGUAUUUUUCAGUUGAAAUGGUUUAGCAUGUCUCAGUUGAGUAAUAUUUUCCUAGUGGGUUUUACUGCCAAAAGAGAUACAGAAUAAACAAAUUAGGCAAAAAAGACACAUCCAGUUAGGCUAUAACAAGAUGGUGUCAUUUUGUAGGUAUUUCCUAGAAGGUUGGAUUAUGCUUAUAAGUGUUUCGUUCAGCCAACAAUCUCACAGAGAAACAUUUUGUCUACAGAUGCUGCAAUAAAUCAGUAAUUAUAAGUGCAAAAAUUGCUGCUACAUAGUUUGACCCACUGACUUUCCCAUGACUUCUUUAGAAGAACAAACUAUGCCCAUCUUUGUGUCGGCAGUUUGAUAACGAAAAAAUAAUAACCCAGAAAGGAAAAUUGUAUCUAUAAAGUCCAUAGAUUUAGAUAUACAGAUACAUACAUGCUUGUAUUUAGCUCCUAUAUGUUUAAAAGCCCAGUAACCUGUGUAGCAGUGCGUUCCCCCUCUCUGAGAUAGUCCAACUUGGGUUAAUGUUAAUGUGUUGUUAUAUAAUCAGUGACAAAAACUGGUGUACACCUACUGAUGAAAUGCAUAAAUUGAUCAGCGGAGCUCAGACAGGGACGUUUAUCAGUUUUAUUGACUGGGAUAAAUGCACUGUCAAGACUGAGGGAGCUAACCAGCCCUCUGCGCUCUUUUAGAAAAGCCUGAGGCGCAUGCUCUUUGAUUCCGAUGCACUUUUAAUGGCAUAAUAAGCUUACUUAAUUCCUAAAAAGAUGACCUGUAAACCUCGGAGUCGGAAAGAAAGAGGGACUUUGAUCAACAAUCGGAGCUCUUGUGUCUUUAAAAAAAGUGACUCUUCUUACACAUUGUCAGAGUGCUGCAGCCUGAAUUAGAUUCUUCACUUUCUAGACUUAGACUUGGACUUGUACUUUAUUGAUCCCUUGGGAAGACUCCCUCAGGAAAUUAAAGUUACCAGCAGCUCUUGAUAAUCAAGUGAGAUGGCAAAUGUAGACCGACUCAUCCAGCACAUAGGAGACUUUGGGCCUUUCCAGAGGAGGAUUUACACACUUGGAUCUUUUCCCUUGGUGAUUUUUGCUUUUGUGCUCGUGGGAGUGGUUUUCUUAGGGCACAGUCCGGAGCACUGGUGUUGGAGCCCGGAGUCUGAGAGCCUGCAGGAAGAAUGUGGCUGGACGGAGGUGAAGGUGCGAGAAGUGACCGCUCCCCACUCUGAGGAGUCCGGAUCCCACAGCCGCUGUGAGAAGUUUGCGGCGGACUGGAGCACAAGCCAGAUCAAAUGUGAUGAAUGGGAGUUUUUGUCCAACGCUACCCAGACAGUCCCCUGUGAGGGCAGAUGGAUGUUUGAUAAAAGCCGAAGCACCACUGUAACUGAGUUUUCCUUGUUCUGUGAAAGGUCCUGGCUUGCGGACCUAAAUCAGGUUUUUCUCGCGUUGGGAUUUUUCCUUGGAUCUUUUGUGACUGGCUAUCUGGCUGAUAGGUUUGGUAGAAAGCCAUGUUUCAUAGCCUCAAUGCUCGGUCUGGGAAUUUCAGGCGUCGGAGUCAUGCUGUCCCCCUGGUAUCCACUGCUGCUUUUUUUACGAUUCUUACAGGGUUUUUGCGGCAAGGGGGCAUGGACGGCUAACUAUGUACUAGUAAUUGAGUUCUUUGGAGCAGACAACCGGAAAUUUGUGUCCAUGGUGUGUCGAACCUUUUACUCAAUGGGGAUGGUCAUUCUGCCUGGUCUGGCUUACUUAAUCUCUUCUUGGAGGAUUUUGCAGCUGGCCAUGAGCCUUCCUUGCUUUUUGUUUAUUUUGUACUACUGGCUGGUCCCAGAAUCUCCACGCUGGCUGUUUUCACAAAAAAGAAUAACGGAGGCCAUGAAAGUUGCCGAGGAAAUUGCAGUAUGUAACGGAAGAUGUUUACCACAUGAUCUUCCCGAGAUCAUUCUUUUGGAGGAAAAGAAGGAAGUGCAGCCCGUGUCAUUUAAGGAUUUGUUUAGGACACCAACCAUAAGAAAAAACACAGUCAUUCUAACAUAUGCCUGGUUUACGAGCACCGUUGUGUUUCAAGGCCUCGUUCUGCGGCUGGGGCUGACGGGCGACAACCUCUUCUUGGAUUUCUUCAUCUCCGCCGUGGCGGAGCUGCCCACCGGCCUCAUCUUCUACCUGAUGGUGGACCGAGUGGGCCGACGCUCCCUGAUGGCCAUCGCCAACUUCACCGGAGGCGUAGCCUGCCUGGUCGUCCCCUUCGUGUCCCCCGAUUUUUCCUGGUUGAAAAAGUCGAUUGCCAUCAUCGGGAGGCUCGCCGUCGCCAUUGGUUUUGAGACUGUGAACUUUGCGAACACAGAGCUGUAUCCGACACCUCUGAGAAAUUUGGGUGUGUCAGUAUGCUCGUCUGCCAGUGAUAUUGGAGCAGUUGCAGCCCCAUUCCUUCUCUACAGACUGGCCAGUAUCUGGCAGGAGCUGCCUCUGAUUCUUUAUGGUGUGAUGUCGGUUCUGUACAGUGCUCUGGUGACACUGCUGCCCGAGAUGAACGGCAUUGCCCUGCCCGAGACCAUAGAGGAUGUGGAGAAUAUGCAAGGGCUGGCAGAGCGUUCAGUGGAUACAAAAGGAAGCAGCUUGAUUUCAAAGAAUAGAGAAAAGAAAAACCUGCUUGAAAUUGACUGGUUUCAUCUUGGGAUGAAAAUGCUGGAGAACAAAGAAUUUGAGAAGUUAUCCAAAGUCAUCAGUCAGUGGAAUAGCAACAGACUGGACCUGUUUGAAAUUAGCCAACCUGAUGAGAACUUGGAAUUUUACGGUGUGAUUCGCUUCUACUUUGAGGACCAUGUAGAAGGAAAUGUGGCCACUAAGUGCCUGCGUGUCUGCAGCAGCUCAACCACUCAAGAGGUCAUCGAAACUCUGUCCGAGAAAUUCCGGCCUGAUAUGAAAAUGCUGACGACUAGUUAUUCCCUCUAUGAAAUCCAGGCCAGUGAAGAACGCAAGUUGGAACUGGACGAGAGACCUUUGGUUGUACAAAUGAACUGGAAUUCAGAGAAUUUAGAAGGACGUUUUGUGCUGAAGAAAGACAAGGAGAGUUUUGAGGAAAGCUGUCAUGAGAAAGGAAAGGGAGGUGUUAUUCAAACCUUCAAGAGGACGCUGUCACGCAAAGGAAAGCCAAAAGAGAAGAACAAAACCAAUGCAGCAGAUAAGUUAUCAGAGGAUGAAAACAGAUCAGCUGAAGAUCUGAUGAACAGUUCGUCCGACCUGGAGACAGCAAAGCACUGCAAGGAAAAGAGACAGCAGCAGUAUUUUGAGACUCCGCCUGGAUUACCAAUCGGAAUACAGUUCUGUGAUAAUGCCGAGGAGCCCUUCCUGUCUGCAGUCAUAAAUUACACCAACAGUUCCACGGUUCAUUUCAAGCUCUCACCUGCCUACAGCCUCUAUGCUGCCGGUCGGUUUGCUCUGCGGCGCCAUUAUGGUCGAGGCCCUCCAUCUUCUGGGCACAAACACGCGGUAACCUCCAUCACAAACAAAAUGGUGGCCAUGACAGGGAAGGUCAUCCAGAGACAACGGGCCGUUGCCGGGGCUCUGGCCUUCUGGCUGGCCAAUUCCUCUGAGCUGCUGAACUUCCUCAAACAUGACAAAGACCUCAGCCCUCUCACACAGCAGGGCCAGCAGGAGCUGUCCCACCAGGUGCACAGGGCAUACAGCCUCCUGCUACAAUGUAUUCAGAGUGGGUUAAGGAAACAUUUACCGACGUUUCUGAUCGAUCCCGAGCAGCACGGUGCCCUGCCUGCUGGAAUAGAAAUGGUGCUCAACACCUUAAUGAACGCCAUGUCUCUGUUGCGCCGCUGUCGGGUCAACCCAGCCUUCACCAUCCAGCUCUUCUCCCAGCUUUUUCAUUUCAUCAGCGCGUGGCUCUUUAACCAGCUCAUGAGCCCAGAGGCGAGCGCUGGAGGCCUGCGCUCCCACUACUGGGGAUCCGCACUCCGCCAGAGGCUCACAGCCAUUGAAUCCUGGGCAGAGAGGCAGGGCUUGGAGCUGGCUGCCGACUGCCACCUGGGCCACAUCAUACAGGCAACCACACUCCUGACCAUGAAUAAGUACUCGGUGCAGGACACCAAGGACAUUCAGAGUACCUGUUUUAAGCUGAACUCCCUGCAGCUGCAGACGCUGCUGUCCAGCUACCUCUAUGCAGCCAAUGAGCCUCAAAUUCCACCUGAGGUGAUUGAUGCUGUGGUGAGGGCUGCCGGGGCCUCGGCAGACCACCUGAUUCAGAGUGAAGGACGGGACGUCCAGCUGGAGGAGAGCCUCGACCUGCACCUGCCUUUCCUGCUACCAGAGGGAGGAUACUCCUGUGACACCGCCAGAGGAAUCCCACACGGGUUCAGAGAGUUUCUGGAGCCAAUUUGUCAGAGAGGUCUUUGCUCUCUGGCAUCUGAGCCCAACUCCAAAGGUGAUUGGACCGUGCACUUCAGUGACUCUGCUCCUUCUGAUGCGGGGAUUUACUUGGCAGCAGAGAAGCAGCCAGAAACCGAGGUCAUAACAUUGCACAAACCUCUGAACAGCGGAAUGGGAGUUAGCAUAGUUGCUGCCAAGGGAUCAGGGCAGGGUAUCCUUGGGAUCUACAUUAAAUCUGUAGUCAAAGGAGGACCAGCUGAAAUGAAUGGGAGGUUAGCGGCAGGAGAUCAGCUCCUCAGUGUGGACGGCCACAGCCUGGUGGGACUGAGCCAAGAAAGGGCAGCAGCCAUCAUGAUGCAGACUGGCCCUGUUGUGACCUUACAGGUUGCAAAGUGUGCAGCGAGCUACCAUGGCCUUGGGGCCCUGCUGAGCGCACCAACCAUGGAGACAACUACAGGUCUCCACCUGUCAGAGGGGUUCCAAGGAGGCAACAAAAGAAAGAAAGAGCAGAUGUGGCAGAGGAACAGACAGCUGUACCGCUCCAAUCCCAACAUGAACGUCUUCUGCCUAGAGGAUGGCGAUCAGCUUGCCGAACAUGAUGCGAGAGGAAACAACGUCCCUUCUGUUUCCCAUACCAACCUUUCCAAUGAUACAUUCUACAGAGAAUACCUGACACUUCCAAACCCAAAGUCCAAGGACAGGGGACUGUGUAACAUCAACCUACCACAGCAGAACCUCGAAACGUCUUUGACACCAUUAGAUGGACAGAGCUCCAGUAAGAGAACCUUCAUGCGUCAAGCCCUGUCGCAGGACAACUUGUGCUUGGACAGUGGAGGCCCCCUAGUGGACAAAAGGCAGAGAGACCAGGAGGCUAAACAAACACCAGGCUACUCAUCUUUCCCAAUACGCUCAAGUGUUUCCACUCACGACAUCCUCUCCCAUACCAGCUCUCCCACGAAGCAGCAGCAGGGCAGCCGCGCCAGUGCUGCCGGUGUCUGGAGAGCGCCUUUUUCACAGCUGUCCACGCCCGCACCUUCAGUCCAGCCCAUUCGAAUCGACAUCCCUGUAGUCAGAGCGGUGAACGCGCAGUCCAAGCCUCCGCUCACCACCUUCCAGCACCGUUCCUCUGUAACGAGCCAAACCGUGAGGGUCGGUGGACACAAACCUAGUCCUCAGAGCCAAGUCAGCCAUGUUUCUGCGCGGCCAGCAUCUCAGGGGCAGCAGCAGCUAAGUUCCAUCCAGGGCAGAGACAAAGCGGGAAGACCCCAGGUGAGCAUCACUCCAACGAAGCACGUUUCCUUCCAAGAGACUUCCCCCGAGCAGAAGAGGAGCACUGGGCCUGUGAGGCACAGAGAGCCUCAGGAGCUGGGGGAUCCGUGGAGGCGGGAGGCCCAGGAGCUGCUGGUGAAGAGGCACAGGCUGCAGGCGGUGGAGCACCUGGAGCAGGAGGUGCACACCCUUCAGGCCAAGGCCCGGCGCACCAUAGAGGAGAACGACAGGCUGCGGAGGCUCAGCCUGGAGUGGCAGUUUCAGAAGAGGUUAAAGGAAAUUCAGCAGAGGGGGGAGGAUGAGGAGGAGGACGAAGAUUUGGAGGUGAUGGUGACCCUGCAGCAGCUGGAGAGCAGAAGCCCCCAGGCCGAGGCCAAGAGAAACUCCGUCAGGAACGACAACCUGGAACAAAAAGGAAUGGAAAAACAGGAGGGGUAUCACACAACCCAAGAGACAAGCUCGGCAAAAAGAGAGCUAAGAGGUAAUGUAGCCAAACAAGAUGUCCACAACAUGGCAACAAAAGAAAGUCCGGAGGGGAAAAUAAAGAGAGGAUCAGCACCUGAAAAGCUGCCGUUUAGGGAGCGUCAGCGACUCUUUUCCCUGCCGUCCAGCACGUGA